AUGGCUGUUAUUCCCAGAUUCGCCGUUUUCGAUGGGGAUGGUUUCUUGGGAGGUACAUCUUUGAUGUGGGCUUUGUUAGGAAUAGGACUCGCUCUGGUCCCAACCUACUACUUCUUCCUCAUAAUCUACAAUAUCUACUUCCACCCGCUGGCAAACUACCCCGGCCCCAAAUCCAUGGCCGCAACCCGAAUCCCCUACAUGCGCAACACAAUAAGCGGCCAAUACGCCCAACGAUUAAAAAAACUUCACAACCAAUACGGCGAGGUCGUCCGUGUCGCCCCAGACGAGCUCUCCUUCAUCGACAGCGACGCAUGGAAAACAAUGUACGGCACCCGCACCGGCCACGGCCAAAAGCAAAAAGACUACCGAUUCUACCCACCAACCGUCUCAAACGGAGCCAGUAUAAUCCAAUCCAACGACCAAGACCACUCGCGCUUCCGCCGCCUCCUCUCCCACGCAUUCUCAGACAGCUCACUGCGCAGCCAAGAACCCAUCAUAAAAGGCUACAUCGAUCUGCUCAUCCAGCGUCUGCGCGAGAACUCAACACCGGAAGCAGAAAAUGCCCAGGCUGGCCAGAGCAAGACUAAGCCGCUGAAUCUAGUAGCCUGGUACAAUUUCGCAACCUUCGAUAUAAUCGGCGACCUAGCCUUCGGCGAACCAUUCGACUGCCUAAAGAACUCCGCCUACCACGUCUGGGUGAAGAUAAUCUUCUCCAGCGCCAAAUUCGGCGCAUACGCGAAUAUCUCGCGGCGACUGCCUGGCUCGAAAUAUCUCGUCAAACUUAUCACGCCGAAGCGCGUCUUCGCGCAGAAGGAGUGGCAUAACCAGCUUAGUCGGGAAAAGGUCGUCGGUAGAUUGGAGAAGUCCAACGAGCGGCCCGAUUUCUUUGCGAAUAUUCUCAAGCAUAGUGGGACGGAGAAGGGGUUUAGUGUUGACGAGAUGGUUUCGAAUGGGAGUACAUUGAUUAUUGCGGGUUCAGAGACGACGGCUACGCUGCUUUUCGGGGUGACGUAUCUGCUGCUGAAGAAUCCGCGUGUUUUGGCGAAGUUGCAGGAUGAGAUUCGGUCUACGUUCAACUCGGAUGAGGAGAUCAAUUUCGAUUCUUGCAAUAGAUUGGAAUAUUGUCUUGCUGUUUUGACGGAGGCGCUUCGGGUUUAUCCGCCUGUUCCGGGUGGUCUUCCGCGUAUUGUUGAUGCUCAGGGUGAUAUGAUUGAGGGGCAUUGGGUUCCUGGAGGGACUGUUGUCUCGGUCUCUCACCUCGCUGCAUACCACUCUGAAAGAAACUUCAGGGACGCAGAGCAAUUCGUUCCUGAGCGCCAUCUCGACGAUCCUCGUUAUGUGAAUGACAAACGAUCAGUCAUGCAGCCAUUCAGCUUCGGUCCUCGCAACUGUAUCGGACGAAACCUUGCGUAUGUCGAGAUGCGCAUUAUCCUCGCGCGCAUGAUAUUCAACUUCGAUAUGGAACUGGACCCAGCGAGCAAUGACUGGAUGAACCAGGAUGCUUUUAUCCUGUGGGAGAAGCCAGAGUUGAUGGUUAAGCUUACUCCUCGAACCUGA